GUCAGACGCCUGCUCAGCUCCCAGUCAUGCCUCAGAAGCUCCAGAAGAACGCCCAGACGGGGCACUACAUCGAGCUGGGAGGUUACCAGUACUGGCCGGUGCUGGUGCCCCGGGGAAUCCGGCUGUACACCUACGAGCAGAUCCCGGUGUUCCUGAGGGAGAACCCGUACAUCACAGAUGGAUACAGAGCGUACCUGCCCUCCAGGCUCUGCAUCAAGAGCAUCUUUAUUCUGUCCAAUGAGACGGUGAACAUCUGGAGCCACCUGCUGGGCUUCCUGCUCUUCUUCUUCCUCGGGGUUUACAACAUGGCGUCCGUGCUGCCCGGCUUCGGCGCCUCCAAGGAGGAUUACGUCAUCUACUCCAUCGAGCUCUUCUGCUUCCAGCUGUGUAUGCUGUGCUCGGUGGGUUACCACCUGUUCUGCUGCCACCGCUCGGAGAAGACCAGCCGCCGCUGGAUGGCGCUGGAUUACGCCGGCGUCUCCAUCGGCAUCUUGGGAUGUUACGUCCCCGGAGUCUUCUACACAUUCUACUGUAAUAACUACUGGCGGCAGGUGUACCUGGUGACGGUGCUGGCGAUGAUCCUGGCCGUGUUCUUCGCUCAGAUUCAUCCUCAUUACCUCAGCAAGCAGUGGAAGCAGCUGCGCUCGCUGGUCUUCUGCUCGGUGGCCGGGUACGGCCUCAUCCCCACCGUCCACUGGAUCUGCAUCACCGGGGGCUUCUCCUCAGAGCUGGUCCAGGCGUUCAUCCCUCGGGUCCUGGGGAUGUACUUCCUCGCAGCGUUGGCUCUUAUCUUCUACGUCUCUAAAGUUCCUGAACGCUACUUCCCAGGUCAGCUGAACUACCUGGGCUCCAGUCACCAGGUGUGGCACAUGCUGCUGGUGCUGAUGUUUUACUGGUGGCACCAGUCGUCGUGCUUCAUCAUGGCGCACAGACACAGCGAGCCCUGCCCCGACGCCCCCCCACACGACUAAGAGACCACCGACCAGCUGCCGCUUGGCUGAGAGAAGCUGCACAGAGAGGAGACUCAUACUUCAUCCCAGUGUCCCGACAGAGGGACACGUUUCUACCUGUGAGUCUCUGAUGAGGGAGGAAACAGCACCAGUAGCAAUCAGGAAUCGAACCCGUGACCUCCAGGAUCAGAGGUGACACGUGAGCUAGUGGCUGAACGGAGUUUCCCUCUUUACCACAUCGUCACAGAUGAAACACUGAAAUGACAGAAUCUCCAGAGCUCGAGGCCGUCGCAGUGUUUUCAUUUGACAGAACUUUGUUGUUCAGCCACAAAACCAGAUUCAGGAUCAGUUAUAAUCGAGUAAGCGUUUCUUUUUCUUAGAGGUGAAUCCCUGUAAGUGAGUUCUGUAAGUGCCUGUAAAUAAAUCAUCAUGUAGCUCUUACUCAUUUACAUGAACUGGACUUUCCAUAAUACUUUUAAAUCAGCCUCCUAAAAGGGAAAAAUUCAAAUAUUCCAUUAGUUUCACUAAAACUAGUUUUAUAAGAGUUCAACUCGACCCAAACUAUUUGUCUUCUCUGAGAUUCUUUCACUCACGAUGUUUGGAUAGAAAAACCAAAGACGCUGUCGUGGAGCAACAAACUCAACUUUCUGUCUCUACCUGUAUUAUUCAUUUUUCUCCUUCAGCGGGAACAGUAUUGAUUGUGUGUUUGUGUGUGUGUGUGUUUGUGUGUGUUUCUUACGGCCGAGUAAGACGAACAACUUUGUACUUUGAACACGAGUAGAACAAAAACCAUGAGCUGCAGGUAUGUGAGUUAUUUACCUCUGACUGGGUUAAACAUAAGAAUAUAAGGGGCGGGGGGGGGGGGUUGGUUCCUCACUGUACUUUAUUUUUGUGUAAAGAUUCUCAAGCACUGAUUUAGCUUUUUAAAAUCUUCACGAUUGCAGUUUGUCCUCUGUCGAUCCGGAGGAAUUCACUACUUUGCUUUUUAGUUUCCACUCUAGAUAAACUCAACAACCUGUUCUCCACUUAGGGUCACGUGCAAUGUCAAAGGUCAACACUUUUUUUUUUUUUUUAAAUGACUUCAUUCCAAAAUGCUACAAAUCCAAACUGGAGAUAAAUUCUUAGCCGUUUCAUUAAAGCUCUUGUAAAGAAAAGUCUUAAUUAUUAAACCAUGAAUUCAUUUGUUUGACUAUUUGUCCAGUGAAAUGGAAACUGUCCCAUUUUGGAAUGAGAUUCAUUUGUUCUCUGUGAUAUUUAAUGUUUUUAAUAUUCUCUGGUUUUAAGAUUCCUUUUGUUGUGAUGUAUUUAAAUUAUUGAUUAUGAAUCUGAUCUGUAAAGAAACGACUUUCUCUCUCUUUGAUAAAAAACACCUGAACUUUGUCUGAAUCUCAUUUUGUAGCCGCAGAACUUUUGUAUCUUUGACUUUCUUCGUCCUCGAGCAACAAGCUGCUGAACUCGACUCUAAAUAAACUGAACCCGUGACCUGUU